AUGCUGGCCGACUACGAAGAGGAGGAAGAGCGUGCGUACCGGAGAGCGAAGGAGAGGUUUGAGACCUACGAGAUGGAGCGCGCUGUGAACAAGACGGCUGGUGGUUCGACCAGAGAAGACUCAUUUAAGGACCUUGAGGGAGAGCCUUUCAUGAGUUAUGAGGAGUUCACACGUUACAGGGAGCUGACGUCGCCGCGGCUGAAGGCGCUUUACCAAAACCUAUUGAUGGAGCCGACAACGAAGAACGUAGAGCUCAAGGGCGAUAUCAAGGCGGCGCUGGAGGACGAGGAUGAUUGGAGGGACAUGAGCAGCUACGACAAGUGGGUGGUGCAACUGUUCCAUCGGGAGGUAGUGGACAUGUUUGGUGGACUGACGGUCGUUGAUAAGGCGGCGCUGCCCAUUGGGUUGAUAACCAUGCUGAGACAAAGCCGGUUCCAUUGGCAGGGCUAA